GAGGAGAAACGAUUCAUCAAGGCUAUCACCAUUCCACGCGCCCCCGUCCAAGACGAUGCUCCAUAUCACAAGCGAAAAUUGGCGGCGAGAACAUCUGCCCAGGGGCGCCGCUUCGACCAUGUCGGUAGCCUUGACCGCUAACCUCCACCAUCCCUUGUGAUCAGCUCGACUCUCACGAUAUCGACUGUCCACAAGCUCGGUCUUUCCUUCUCAAGCGAUAGGAAUCCGCGCGUUCUGUGGUCAAGGUUUAGUCCCUCGUUCCAGCUUUUCAGAGCUCCGUGUAUCUGGAUUGGAAAUUUAGUUAUACAGCUCGUACGUGUAACCGACAUCCACCAUGGAUGCUUCAGGCCCUCGCAAUGUCUCUGCUGAAAAGCAAGCAAACUUCAAAACCGAGUCUGUACACAGCCGUAUCAGCGCGGACGAUGAUGAUAAGGUCCUGGAACAAAUUGGCUAUGUCCCCUCCUUCCGGAGGGAGUUCUCCAACUUAGCCACGAUCAGUUUCGCUUUCAGUAUCAUGGGCCUUUGUUCCAGUAUUGCGACUACUUUCAAUACCCCAUUGACACUAGGCGGACCUGCGUCAGUAACGUGGUGCUGGAUCCUUGGAGCUGUCAUGUGCUUCACGCUAGGUUCAAGUAUCGCAGAGAUUGUCAGCGCGUUCCCGACGUGUGGCGGUCUGUACACUGCAUCAGCGCGGCUUUGUCCCCCCAAGCACCGUGCCAUCGUAGGCUGGAUCGUCGGUUGGCUAAACAUCCUCGGUCAAGUUGCCGGUAUUUCCUCCACCGAGUUUGGUCUCGCGAACAUGAUUUGGGCCGCAGUCGUCGUUGCCAAGGAUGGAGACUAUGUCGUUACCUCAGGCAAAGUAGUUGGUCUUUUCGCAGGUCUCCUCGCCUUCCAUGGUCUUCUGAACUGUCUCGCCACUCGAUACCUCGCGCGAUUUACCACCGGCUUCGUCUUUGUCAAUCUCGGAGUAACUGCCCUCAUCGUCAUUGUUCUCCUAGCAAUGACACCACGAUCUGAGAUGCAUCCUGCCAAAUACGUCUUUGGUUCCGACGGUUUUGUAAAUGGAACGGGUGGAUGGAAUGACGGUAUUGCGUUCUUAUUUGGGUUGCUGAGUGUUCAAUGGACUAUGACGGAUUAUGAUGCAACUGCUCAUAUCUCUGAAGAAGUCAAACGUGCAGCUUAUGCAGCUCCUUCGGCCAUCUUCAUCGCAGUUGUCGGAACCGGUUUGAUUGGUUGGGUCCUUAACAUUGUUCUGGUUCUCUGCUCCGGACCUCUUGAGAAUCUCACAACAGCUUCUGGCUCAGCCUUCCUCGAGAUCAUGGCGCUUCGAAUCGGAAAACCGGGUGCAUUAUUCCUCUGGACUUUCGUAUGCCUCACCGCGUUCUUCGUAUGUCAAACUGCACUUCAAGCUUGUUCAAGGACGGUAUACGCAUUCAGUCGUGAUCAUGGACUUCCGGACCGAGGGUACUUCGGACAUGUCAGUUCGUGGACAAUGACCCCUUUGCGUGCGAUCUGGUUCACGACCACCCUAAGCGUCAUUCCUGGUCUACUGGAUCUCGCAAGUCCUGUGGCGGCCAAUGCUAUCUUCGCGCUUACGGCUAUGGCUUUGGACUUGUCUUACAUCAUCCCCAUCUUCUUGCGUCGAUGGUAUCGCAAUCAUCCGGAGGUGAACUUCAAGCCUGGUCCGUUCUAUAUGGGCGAUGGGUUACUUGGUUGGGCGACCAAUGUGAUUUGUAUACUGUGGACUCUGUUCGUUUGUGUGCUUUUCUCGUUGCCGACGAUGUUGCCUGUCACUGCGGUGAAUAUGAACUAUGCUUCGGUCAUCACGGGUGGAGUUGUCAUUGUCUCAGGGUGAAGCGUGGUACCUCCUUGGCGGCCGGAGACAUUACAAAGGCCCAAGUUCCAAUGUCCCUCAUUACGAGGAUGCAGCCACGUUCGGCGAUCCAAAAGAAAAGGAGGAGCAAUUGGGUGUGGAACAUGCUUAAAAGUUCCUCUCUCCUUCCGCUCUCCAUCCACUCUCCCAUCUACCAACCUAUAUAUCCUAUAUAUAUCCGAUAUAUCUUUACCCGUUACGUCUUCCAUCGUCCCACCACCCCACCGUUUCUUGUUUUUAGCAUGAUCCUGAACGACAACGCACGAACCUCGAUCUACGUUUUCAACAAUGCUCAGUGCUGUAUUUGACCUGCUGCAACCAGCCCCAUGUAAUGUACCCUCGUACACCCUCGUAUGCUGUAAUACCCAGAGAACCCUUUGUGUAGGCUGACCCUCGGAAAUGUUCAACACAUUCAAU